GAGUGACCCACAGCAGCUGACCCAGCUCGGGCACUGCCUCUCCCACAGCCCUCAGGACACACCAUGGGCCCAGAGGCUGGUUGGUGGCACACUAGCGACGACGCAGGCGGUGGCCCCGGCGACUCUCAACUACCUCCCUGACCACUACGACAACCUCCCCGAAGCCAUCGCCACCACCUGCAGGGGAUUCCACCCGCGGCAAAGCCACCCCCACAACGGACUAACAGCUACGUAAACAAUUAUGGAGGGAGAGAGGAGGCCGACCGAGGGGCUGGGGGAAGGAUGGGCCAUCGACGUCACGCCCAGAGCCCCCAUCCGGGAACUAAGGCGGAGGCUCGCCCCUCAAAAUGGCGACAGCAGUGACGCGCCUGCGUACGGAACGCAUCCGUCGCGCCCCGGACGACGGGAAGUGAGGUUUUCAGAAGAGCCGCCAGAAGUGUACGGCGACUUCGAGCCCCGGGUGGCCAAAGAAAGGUCCCCGGGGGGAAGACGAACCCCGCCAGAAAAGUUCCGGCCGGAUUCCGCGAAAGAGGAAGUGAGAGAAAGCGCUUACAAUCUUCGGUCUCGACCACGGAGGCGGCGGGGACCCCAGGAAGCCGAGGAGAUGAAGACGCGAAGGGCGGCCCGGGUUAAGCAGUUCUCACAGCAGCCUCAGCCGCAGGCGUCUCCGACUACGAGCAGGCGAGGGUUCCGGGACUCUGAGUCCUCAGAGGAUGAAUCUUCUUCCCAAAUUGUUACAAACCAAACAGCCUCAAAGAAAACUGUCAAAACACCAGAGACUUCAAAUCCUUUAAGUAACUUAUGCAGACCCCCACUAAGAAGCCCAAGAUCUGAAACUGCCAGUGUCCAACAGGUCAAUUUCUCUGAAGAAGGAGAAAAUGAAAAUGACCUCAAGAGCUCUUACAGUGACAUCACUUUCAGGGUCAAAUCCAGGAACUGUGCUGAGUCUAGCGAUGAAGUCAUCAGAUCAUACAGUCAUCAAGAACAACCUUGUAGUUUAUCACAGAGUCAGGACUUCACAGUGCACGAGAAUCAGCCAUCAGUGCUAAGCUCAGAAUAUCAAAGAAACCCUCAAGUUAUAAGAAUGAGGACUCGACAGCCAUAUAAUAGCAUUCAGGAAUCAGAGCUUGGAAACCAGUCUCCAUCAACCUCCAGCCAACCAGAAGCUGCUGAACAACUGCAAAAUGAGUCUUCUGUCAACAUAAAGCUGUGGCUGCUCACUCUGCUCAUCAUCCUUGUUUUUGGAGUGCUUUGGUUCCUUUACACUCCUGCAAGAGAACCUACUGCCGUUCAAGAAUUCCAGAACCAGAUGAAACAACUUCGGUCUAAGUACCAGAGUCAGGACGAGAAGCUGUGGAAAAGAGGCACAACAUUCCUGGAAAGACAUCUGAAUAGCUCCCUCCCUCGGCCCCAGCCUGCCAUCCUUUUGCUCACUGCAGCCCAAGAUGCUGAAGAAGUGCUCAAGUGUCUGAGUGAACAGAUUGCCGAUGCCUAUUCUUCCUUCCGUAGUGUCCGUGCCAUCCGGAUUGACGGGGCAGGGAAAGCUGCUCAAGACAGUGAUGAGGUCAAACAGCAAGUGGAUCAAGAACUGAGCGAUGGGUUUAGAAAUGGCCAGAAUGCAGCUGUGGUACACCGCUUCGAGUCCCUACCUGCAGGUUCAACCUUGAUCUUCUAUAAAUACUGCGACCAUGAGAACGCAGCCUUCAAAGAUGUAGCCCUAGUCCUGACUGUACUGUUGGAGGAGAAGACACUGGAAGCCAGUCUAGGCCUGAAGGAAAUUGAAGAGAAAGUGAGGGAUUUCCUCAAAGUCAAGUUCACCAACUCUCACACGGCCAGCUCCUACAACCACAUGGACCCAGACAAGCUGAAUGGGCUCUGGAGCCGCAUUUCUCACCUGGUGCUGCCCGUUCAGCCCGAAAAUGCCCUGAAAGGGGGCAGCUGCCUGUGAGGGAGAAGCGGAAAUCACGUCUCGAGGUCUGGGCAGUUUUCAGACUUUCUAAGUAGAGACGGAGUCUGGAGCAGUUUUUGAAAACUGGUUUCUUUUUAAAGGAAAUUAAGUUCAUACAUAAAAGUGUAAUACCUAAA